GACUCGUGUCUCGCCCAUGUUUUUCCCUCUUCUCCGUUCGGCAUCCCUUUCGGGCGACCGUAAAUAGCAGCAUCUGCUUGAUGCGAGCGAUCCCCGUAUCGCCUUCUCUUCGGUCCUCUCGUCAAAUUUGGCAAAGCAAAGCAAGAAGAGUGGAGAAGCCCCCAAUCCAAUCCAACCCAACCCUGGGUUUGGGGAUCGUUUCUUCCCCAAAUUCCUGCCCGAUCGACGCCCUAGGGUUUCCCCAGUUCUCAUGAGUUUCCCCUUCCCCCGCCCAUGGCCGCCGCGUCUUUCGUCGUCGUCCUUGUCUUCCUCCUCCUCAUCUUCCCUGAUAUCGACAACCCUCGGCUGGCGUCCGCUCUUGAUGCGACGGUGGCGGACGACGACGGGCCGUAUCGCAGUGAGCAGUUCUCGAUCCUGAGCUAUGAAUCCUUGUGGCACGACUACUCCCCGCCCGCCCCGCCGCCAUCGCCCCCUGACCCGCCUUCGUCUUCCUGCGAGGGCGACCUUGGCGGCACCGGCGACUUCAAUACCCUCUGCGAGCUCCACACCAGUGUGCAGCUGUCCAGCGACUUCUUUGCCAAGGCGCACGGCAGCUUCGUUCUCUACCCCGACGUGGUGCUCAGUUGUUCCGUCGCCGGGUGCUCCAUCGUCGUCAAUCUUACGGGGGAGAUCCGGAUCGGGCGGAAUGCCAAGAUUGCGGCUGGGACUGUCCGCAUGCAGGCGGGCAACAUGAGCCUCGCCGAGGGUGCGGCGAUUGAUACGGUAGCGCUGGCGGGGGAUCCGCCUCCCCAGACCAGUGGGGUUCCCACGGGGACUAAUGGGGAUGGCGGUGGGCAUGGUGGGAGAGGCGCUAGCUGCGUGGUGAAAGAGGGGCAGACACAGGAGGACUCCUGGGGAGGGGAUGCAUAUUCCUGGUCCACGCUGAUGAAACCUGACAACUACGGUAGCAAGGGCAGCUCGACGAGCUCGGAGAGGGAUUAUGGAGGGGGAGGGGGUGGACGGGUUUACUUGGUGGUCAAUGAUGUGAUUGAGGUUAACGGUAGUAUUACAGCGGAUGGUGGUGAGGGUGGCUCUCUAGGUGGUGGAGGUUCAGGUGGGAGCAUCUUCAUCAGUGCGGCUAAAAUGAAGGGCACUGGCAAAAUAAGUGCUUCUGGUGGUAGUGGUUUGGCUGGUGGCGGAGGAGGACGUGUUUCUAUUGCAGUUUUUAGCUGGCAUGAUGAUCCACAUGCUUUUGUUCACGGUGGAAGGAGUUUUGGUUGCCCUGAAAAUGCUGGAGCUGCAGGGACUCUUUAUGAUGCUGUUCCCAAGAGCCUUAUAGUUAGCAACCAUAACUUGUCAACACAGACUGAUACACUUUUACUAGAGUUCCCUUAUCAGCCACUUUGGACUAAUGUUUUCAUUACAAAUUGUGCCAAAGUUGCUGUUCCUUUACUUUGGAGUCGCGUACAGGUUCAAGGACAACUUAGCCUUCUUUCUGGUGGUAUGUUGGCAUUUGGUCUGACUCGUUACCCUUACUCCGAGUUUGAGCUUAUGGCUGAAGAACUUUUGAUGAGUGACUCAAUAAUUAAGGUGUUUGGGGCUUUACGAAUGUCUGUGAAGAUGCUUUUGAUGUGGAAUUCGAAAAUGUUCAUUAAUGGUGGUGGGGAUGCAUUAGUUGCAACCUCAUUACUUGAGGCGAGUAAUUUGAUUGUUCUGAAGGAAUCUUCCAUGAUACAUUCUAAUGCCAAUCUUGGAGUUCAUGGUCAAGGCCUGCUUAAUUUAUCUGGACCUGGAGAUCUAAUUGAGGCACAACGUCUGAUAUUGUCACUCUUUUACAGCAUCCAUGUUGGACGUGGUUCUGUUUUGAGGGGUCCACUAAUAAAUGCGUCCGGUGAUGACAUGGCCCCUAGGCUGAAUUGUGAGGAAAAAGAUUGUCCUUUGGAAUUGAUUCAUCCACCAGAAGAUUGCAAUGUUAAUUCUUCAUUAUCUUUCACCCUUCAGAUUUGUCGUGUUGAAGAUAUUGAUGUUGCUGGACUUGUUCAAGGAACUGUUGUUCAUUUCCAUAGGGCACGAAGUGUAGUUGUGUCUCCUACUGGAAGAAUUAGUGCAACUGGUUUGGGCUGCAAAGGUGGUGUUGGGCAGGGAAAUAUAUUAGGCAAUGGUCUAGGUGGUGGUGGUGGACACGGUGGGAGGGGUGGAGAUGGCCGUUAUGGUGGAAGCAUUGUCAAGGGUGGCAUUGCUUAUGGAAAUGCUGAAUUGCCAUGUGAGCUUGGUAGUGGUAGUGGUAAUGACACUGUACCAUCCUCGACUGGUGGUGGUGGUAUCAUAGUGAUAGGGUCGAUGGAGCAUCCAUUGGUUAGUUUGUCUGUUUAUGGCUCAGUUGAAGCAGAUGGUGAAGACUUCAUGGAAGCUGGUGUCACUAUUGGCUCACCUGAUGGAGGGCCUGGUGGUGGUUCUGGUGGUACUAUUCUUCUAUUUUUGCAUUCUUUGACCCUCAGUGAUUCUUCUAUCCUUUCAAGUGUUGGUGGGCAUGGCAGUCAAAGUGGUGGUGGAGGAGGUGGUGGUGGAAGGAUUCACUUCCAUUGGUCUGACAUUUCUACAGGGGAUGAAUAUCUUCCAGUUGCAACUGUGAAGGGAACCAUAAACACGAGGGGUGGCAUCAGCAAAGGCCAUGGUUUGGCAGGGGAAAAUGGAACACUUACUGGAAAAGCAUGCCCCAAAGGCCUGUAUGGAAUUUUUUGCGAGGAAUGCCCUCUGGGUACAUUCAAGAAUGUUACUGGAUCAGAUGAAACUCUAUGUUUCCAAUGCCCUUCUAAUGAACUUCCUCAUCGUGCUGUAUACACAAGUGUUCGAGGAGGUGUCGCUGAAACCCCUUGUCCAUACAAAUGUAUUUCUGAAAGAUAUCAUAUGCCACACUGUUACACAGCUCUUGAGGAGUUGAUAAACACUUUUGGUGGACCAUGGUUGUUUGGUCUUCUUCUUUCUAGCCUUCUUGUCUUGUUAGCCCUAGUUCUAAGUGUUGCACGGAUGAAAUUUGUUGGUACGGAUGAGUUACCUGGCCCUGCUCCAACUCAACAUGGGUCUCAAAUUGAUCAUUCAUUUCCCUUUCUGGAGUCAUUAAACGAGGUUUUGGAAACAAACAGGGUUGAGGAGUCACAAAGCCAUGUUCAUAGAAUGUACUUCAUGGGCCCGAACACCUUUAGUGAACCUUGGCAUCUUCCACACUCUCCCCCUGAACAAAUUACAGACAUAGUAUAUGAGGAUGCAUACAAUAGAUUUGUUGAUGAGAUAAAUGCCCUUGCUGCUUAUCAGUGGUGGGAAGGUGCAAUCUACAGCAUUCUAUGUAUACUUGCCUAUCCACUUGCCUGGUCAUGGCAGCAGUGGCGGCGUAGAAAAAAGUUACAAAGACUGCGUGAAUUUGUUCGAUCAGAGUAUGAUCAUGCAUGCCUUCGUUCUUGCCGCUCACGUGCACUUUAUGAAGGGCUUAAGGUGGCUGCAACUCCAGAUCUGAUGCUUGGGUAUUUGGACUUUUUUCUUGGUGGUGAUGAAAAGAGGCCAGACCUUCCGCCUCGUCUCCAUCAAAGAUUUCCCAUGUGUCUAGUCUUUGGAGGUGAUGGAAGUUACAUGGCUCCUUUUUCCCUCCACAGUGACAAUGUCCUGACUAGUCUUAUGAGCCAGGCUGUGCCACCAACAAUAUGGUACAGGCUGGUAGCUGGAUUGAAUGCACAGUUGCGCCUAGUUCGUCAUGGGCACCUUAAAGUGACAUUCAUGCCUGUCCUCAGCUGGCUUGAAACUCAUGCAAAUCCUUCUCUGAGACAGCGUGGUAUUUGCAUUGAUCUGGCCUGGUUUCAAGCUACUACAUUGGGCUACUGUCAACUUGGUCUUGUUGUUUAUGCUGUGCAAGGAGAGACGGAGACUAAUGCAAUUGAUGGUGGUUGUAGAACUUUGAAGGUCAAUCAGAUUUUGCGAGUUCAUAGCCCUCACAGGAACACAAAAGCUGGUAGUCUGAGGAAUAAAGAAGCUGUUACACAUAAAAGGAUAAGUGGAGGGGUUUUAGACAGUUACAGCCUGAGAAUGCUUGCGGAGAAAAAGGACUUAUUUUACCCUUUCUCUCUCAUUGUGCAUAAUACUAGACCUGUUGGGCAUCAGGAUCUUGUUGGUCUGGUCAUAUCAAUAUUGCUCUUGGCAGAUUUCAGCUUAGUGCUGCUUACACUGCUCCAGUUAUAUUCGUUUUCCAUGGCAGAUGUCUUCUUAGUUUUGUUCGUUCUUCCUCUUGGUAUACUUUCACCAUUCCCUGCUGGAAUCAAUGCUCUUUUUAGUCACGGACCUCGACGUUCAGCAGGCCUUGCACGUGUAUAUGCUUUAUGGAACAUUACAUCUUUGAUUAAUGUCAUUGUGGCCUUCAUUUGUGGCUUUGUACAUUACAAGUCUUCAAGUCAAAAACAUCAAAACCUACAACCAUGGAAUUUGGGCACGGAUGAGAGUGGAUGGUGGUUGUUUCCAGUUGGCCUGGUUCUGUGUAAAUGUAUCCAAGCAAGACUUGUUGAUUGGCAUGUUGCAAAUUUAGAGAUUCAAGACCGUUCAUUGUAUAGCAAUGACCCAACCCUUUUCUGGCAAUCAUGACAUUUUGAGUGGUUAGCAUUACCAAAAUCAAAGAACUCGAUUUUUUGGAGUUACAAUGUGAGGGUAAGAGGAAGAAAACAAGUUUUUUUUCUUUUUUUAUCUUUUUUUCCUCUGCAUCAAGCCCUAUUUAGCAUUCUUGAUGCAGGCUAAGCAUCCCUCACAGAUAUUGUGCAGCCACAGUUUUCACUUUGUAAAUAUAAUUAUGUACGCCAUUCUUUGUAGACAAUCAACUUGUAUCGACCUAUAAAUUGACCCUCUUCUAACGAGUAGGAAGUUUGAUA